AUGACUUUUAUACCAACAAUUAAAUAUUUUUUUAGAGAUAAUAAUAAUCAAGCGAGUAAUGAUAAUCCAAAUGUCACACAAUAUAUUAAAGUAGGACAUGAUGGUAAAACUUUAGUAUCCGAUCCAAUGGCAAUUAGAGAAUCAAUGUCAGGUAUUGGUUUUUUAGGACCACCUGGUGCUGGAAAGAGUACUUGUUGUAAUACAAUCUGUCAUGUUUUAUAUCAAAUCAAGGAGCCAUACUUUUUGGCACUUGAUUCUCACAAGACCGUUACCACUGGUGUCUAUACCAUGUCUAGAGAAGCAAGAAUGAAAUCACCUGUACCAAUUACUAAAGAGGUGAUGGAUAUGGAAGGUCAUGACCAUAGUCUAGAGAGAAGUUGGAAGUUGGCUAUGCUCCUAUCAGUCAUGUGUGAAGAGGUAGUACUUUGUAAUAGAGAUGCAAGAUCUAUUGUACUCAUUCAAGCUGUAGAAGUAUUCAAAAAAGGAAUGGAGCAAAGUAAAAUCCUUGGAAUGAGAUGUAUUACAAAACAAUUGUUUGUCAUGGUUAAAAGAAUGAGAGAUGCUGCUGAAAUCUUAUCAACACUCUCAGAGAUCAUUCCAGACAUGGAAUUUAUUCCAUUUACCGUUCCUCAAUUCACCGAUGAUCAAAUUGAUUCGCUAGAGACACCACUUGAAUUCCACCCAGACAUGGUCAACGCAAUCAAAACUGGUAUUUUAGAUAAAAUCAAACCACGUCUAGAUCAACAGGCAUUGUCAUCAAAAGCAGAGACAAUUCAGAAAAUGUUAGAAGCUUUCAACAGAGGUGACUUUUCUCAUCUUGGAUGGAUAAACAAACAAUUUUUUUUAUCCGAUUGCAAGAGAAUAUUGACUGAAGCCAUCUCAAAUGCAACUUCCAAUCACAUUACUCUUGCCAAGGACAAACAAGCCAGAUUAGAUAUGACAUUUCAAGAGUUUAUCAGAGAUGUCAAGGGUGAUCUCAUAGUUGAUUUUACCCAAUCAACAUUCUACAUUAAAGAAACUUGUGAUACCUAUAUCAGAGAAUCCUUUCAGUCUCCAUGUAUUCCAUUUAGAGAUUUGGUAUACAUCUACCAAAGCCAAUACGACCACAAGAUAGCCAAAUUGAUUGAAGCCAAGGCAAUCGCAGAUCAAUUGGACCAAAACAAACGUACCUUUCUCGAGUGUGUUGAAACCAUCAAUCAGAAUGCAAAAUCAAAGCUUACUGUGUUUAUUCAAGGUUUAAAGUUUGAUGAAACAAAAGUCCCAGAUAAAUCAACAUUUAUCGAUGACUCGUCGAUUGUUGAUCUCCAACAACGAGUGAAUAUGAAACCAGAUUACACACCGUUCAACAAAUUCUAUUCAAGCUCUGUUGCACUUGUCCCACAGAAAUGGAAAAACCAAGUUAACCGUGCCAAAUGGAAAAUGCCUGUUCAGUCUCAAGGUGAAUUGACUUGUAAGGCUGGAUGUAGAUUAAAUGAUGACCCUGUAGUUUGCAGUACAUGUGGUGGUUAUUGGUAUUGGAUUGACGGACCCACAAUGACAGCAAUGUGUAAAGACUGUCUUAGAAAAACAUCAUUUCUUGAUGAUCCAAGUCUUGUAUGCACUGGUUGUAAAAGUCCUGCCAAUUGUACAACCCGUCCAAAUCUUUCAUAUAUUCCAUAG